CACAAGGAAGCAAAACAGAAACCGUCGCAGCAGCAGAGAGAGAGAUAGAGGGCAUAACAGCUGUCUUGUUUACAAACUGAGUUUAAUGAAGUUUCCGUUGGGUUUGUUUAAGUCGAGCAAAAGGUUGUAAACAAAAAUAACCAUAACCUGAUUCAAAAUGAGUUUGGCGGUUUUCUCGUAUGAGGGUUUAGUUCAUGCUGUUUCAGGAGCAAUGGGAAGUGUGACUGCCAUGACAGUAUUCUUCCCGCUUGAUACUGCCAGACUGAGGCUACAAGUGGAUGAAAAUAGGAGGGCAAAAUCAACGCCAGCCAUUCUGGCAGAAAUUGUCAAAGAAGAAGGACUACUAGCUCCGUACAGAGGCUGGUUUCCGGUCAUCUGCAGUCUUUGCUGCUCCAACUUUGUCUACUUCUACUGCUUCCACGGUCUCAAGACUAGUCUGCUGAAGAGCAAGCAGUCGGCACCAAGCAAAGACUUAAUGAUUGGCAUCGCUGCAGGUAUUGUAAACGUACUGCUGACCACUCCUUUAUGGGUGGUCAACACCAGGCUGAAGCUUCAGGGUUCCAAGUUUCGCAAUGCAGACAUACGGCCCACCAACUACUCUGGCAUUCUGGAUGCAUUUGCGCAGAUCAUCCGUGAUGAAGGUGUGGGAGCCCUGUGGAACGGGACCUUCCCGUCACUGCUGCUGGUGCUGAACCCCGCCAUCCAGUUCAUGAUUUACGAAGGCCUGAAAAGGCAGCUGAAAAGAGGAGUUCCCAGGGAGCUGUCAUCUGCUGAGUUCUUCAUCAUCGGCGCUGUUGCUAAAGCUGUUGCCACCAUUGUGACAUACCCACUGCAGACUAUACAGUCCAUUCUCAGGUUUGGUCAGUUCAACGAGUCAACAGGCGAGUCAAAGCUGCUGUCUAGUCUUAGGACUAUCAAGUGUCUAUUGGUCAACAGGGUGAGGAAGUAUGGCAUGCUGGGCCUGUUUAAAGGCCUGGAGGCCAAGCUGCUGCAGACGGUGCUGACUGCUGCCCUCAUGUUCCUUCUCUAUGAGAAGAUUGCCAGCUGCACUUUCAGAGUCAUGGGACUGAGCAGCAACCACUACAAGAAACGCUAGCUUGCUUCACAACCAUGAACGUUUGAUCACAUUAAAGCACUGACUGACUGCAGUGAUCACUGCUUACAGACCUCCUUGAUGGGAGUUUCAACUUCCUGGAUAUCUAUCACUUUCAUGAAAAAGGUUAAUCUUUAAUGGUGACCUCAUUCUACUAAUAAUCCAACCAAUAAAGCAUUGCACCAUUUGCAGAAA